AUGGUAUCACAACUUCAAACCGUCAACGUUUUGUUGACUUCAUUUCCGGGCUUGAAUCUACCUUCGACUCUAUCCCUACCUCUGCCUACAACCACCACUGUAUCAGAGCUUCAAGACAAACUUUAUGAGCGCAUUCCAUCUCAAGAUCGUCGCCUUAUUCUCACAACUAUCUCGAAUAAAUUACUUUCUGCCGAAUCGACUUCUCCAAUAUCGGAUUUACUAUCAAAUCCGGAUGAUGAAUUUCUAUCUUUACGACUUUCAGCGCGAUUAUGUGGUGGCAAAGGAGGUUUUGGAUCUCAACUUCGUGCAGCUGGAGGUCGCAUGUCCUCGAAACGUAAGAAGGGACAAGGUGACCAAAAUGGAUCAAGUCGAAAUUUGGAUGGUCGCAGAUUAAGAACAGUCAAUGAAGCAAAGGCAUUAGCUGAAUAUCUAGCCAUCAAACCAGAAAUGGCAAAGAAAGAUAAGGAAGAGAGAAGGAAACGAUGGGAACAAGUUGUGGAAUUGACAGAGCGAAGAGAACAGGAAAUUAAGAAUGGCACUAAAGGAAAGGUGGAUGGUAAAUGGGUUGAGGAUAAGGAGGAAGCCGGAGAGAGAACGCGUGAGGCUGUUCUUGCGGCUAUGAAAGCUGGGAACUAUAAGGAUAAUUUGUUGGCAACAUCUUCAGGUAGUGGCUCAGGAACCGAUGGCUCCACAAGUGAAGAAGAUGAGGUUAUGGGUGGUACAGACUCGAACGAUACAACUCCACCAUCUGACUCUACACCCGGUAAGCCGAAGGCUAUGAAUUUCUUUGGCUUUGACGAGGAUGACGAGUUUAUGAGUGAUGACGACGAGGAAGAGGAAGAGGAAGAUGAAGACGAUGUAGUCGAAGCCAAGAAACCUGCGAUACCCGAGGAAGUUCUGGAAGCAGAAGCAGAAGAGGACCAGGAGGUUGAAGUUGAGGAAGUUGACAAAGAACCAACACCACCCCCUGCCCCAGCUCAAACAAAAGACAAAGCUCGAUCAAGGAUACCCGUCAAAUCCCAAGCAAAGGCACCUGCAAAUGCAUCUGCAAAAUCUCCCGCAAAAGGAAAAGGAAAAGGCAAGGGGAAAGCUAAAUGA